GCUUUCGGCGGCCCCACCCUCGACCGCGUCCCCGGGCGCCCCCCACGCACCCAGCCCGGACCGAGCCGACCGCGCGCCACAGCCAUCGGCCAUGGAGACGCGAGAGCGGCGGCGCCCGCGGUUUCUGCUGCCGCUGCUUCUGCAGCUGCUGUGCGGUGGGUGUCCCCGAGUGGGGGGCUGCAACGAGACGCGCAUGCUGGAGAAGCUGCCCCAGUGUGGGCAGGCUUUCGCCGACAUGAUGCACACAGUGGACGUCUGGAAGUGGUGCCACCUGUCCGAGUUCAUCGUGUACUACCAGAGCUUUACCAACUGCACCGAGGUGGAGACCAACGUGGUGGGCUGCUACUGGCCCAACCCCCUGGCGCAAGGCUUCAUCACCGGCAUCCACAGGCAGUUCUUCUCCAACUGCACGGUGGACAGGGCACAAUGGGAGGACCCUCCAGACGAGGUCCUCAUCCCGCUCAUCGUCGUGCCCGUCCUGCUGACCGUGGCCAUGGCCGGCCUGGUGGUGUGGCGCAGCAAACGCGCUGGCCAGCUGCUGUGAGGGCGCCCUGAGGGGGGGGCGGGGAGGCAGGGCGGGGGGGCCGGAGAGCCAGCGGAGGCUGCGGCGGCCCCCCCCACCCCCAUCCCAUCUGGCUACCUGCGAGCCUUAUGUGGCUCACCCGGGCUUGUCCUCUCCUGGGCCUGGGAAGAAGGCGCACCGAGGCCGGAGCUGUGCGGGGAACGAUUGGCUGCUGCUGCGCCCUCCGCCCGCGCUGGGCUGGGGCCUCCAGGGUUUCCGGGCCCUCCUGACCCCUGCCCAGGCACCCUGCCCUGACCCCAGCCCCGGCCUGGCUUGGACCCCACCUCCCAACCUGAGCUCCACCCCUGCGCUGACCCACCCCCUGUCCUGACCCCACCCCCUGCUCUGACAC